AAAAAAAAAAACACACUCACAAAGCCCGAAAAAAGAAAGAAAAAUUCAAAGGAAAAAAAGAAGAAUAAAUGUGUGGGCAUUGUGGUUGGAUUUUUUUUUUUAUAUUUUAUGCAUUCAGUACAUUAUUGAACUCUUUUAUCUGAACGAGUCUACAGUGCUUGUGAUUAUUGUCCGACUAUUUGUUUUUCCCAGGAUGAUUCAAUCUUUAAGAAGUGAGGCUUCAAGUUCAGAAGAUAUGUUUGUGCAGCUUCAGGAGAUCCAAGAAUCUGUCAGACUUGCAUUUUUGAACUGUUUGCUGGAUUUUGCUGGUCAUCUGGAGCACAUUGGAGGCGGGCUUUCCCAGAAUAGAUCAAGCAGAGAAAGUGCACAUUUCCAAGAUGGAUAUUCUAAUGAAUUGCCAGAAAAGUUAUCUGACCCUCUGCCUGGAAGUGUCACUGAUCCACAUCAACAGCUGCUACUGGUUUUGAGUAACAUUGGAUACUGCAAAGAUGAACUUUCCCUGGAAUUGUACAACAAGUACAAGCAUACUUGGUUGCAGUCUAGGGGGAAAGAUGAGGAGGACAGUGAUAUGCAGGAUUUGGUUAUGUCUUUCGCGGGGCUUGAAGAGAAGGUCCUUGCACAGUAUACUUUUGCGAAGACAAAUCUGAUUAGAACUGCUGCUGUGAACUAUUUGUUGGAUGCUGGAAUUCAAUGGGGAGGAGCACCUGCAGUCAAAGGCGUGCGUGAUGCAGCUGUGGAGUUGCUGCACACUCUAGUCGCUGUGCAUGCAGAGGUCUUUGCUUAUUGUAAGCCCUUGCUGGACAAGACACUUGGUAUUUUAGUCGAAGGCUUGAUUGAUACUUUCCUGAGCCUUUUUCAUGAAAACAAGACCAAAGAUCUUAGGUCAUUGGAUGCAAAUGGUUUCUGUCAGCUCAUGCUCGAGCUUGAGUAUUUCGAGACCAUAUUGAAUCCAUAUUUUACACCAGAUGCAAGUGAGUCUCUGAAGUCUUUGCAAGGGGUCCUAUUGGAAAAAGCUACAGAGUGUGUGACGGAGACCAUUGAAACUCCAAGCCAUCAGCGCCGGCCAACUCGUGGAAGUGAUGAUGUGCUUAUGGAUGACAGACAGCAGGGAAUGACUGUGUCACCAGAUGACCUGAUUGCUCUUGCUCAGCAGUAUAGCUCUGAGUUACUUCAAGCAGAGCUUGAGCGGACUCGGAUUAACACCGCAUGUUUUAUGGAGUCGAUACCAGUUCCAGAAUCAGCCAAAGCAGCAUAUGCUUCUUUCAGGGGAUCAAUGGAUUCUCCCAGCAGAAAUUUCAGAGGCUCACAACCUGCCGUAAGCGGGUCCCCAGGUUUCUCCAGGCAAAGACGUAGAUGA